AUGCCGCGGCACGAGCGCGGAGGCUCGGGACCCUCCUCGUCGGAUCUUCGUCUGCGCAAGGCCUGCGAUCGGUGUCAUGCGCAGAAACUGGGAUGCCAGCGGGAGGCCAUUGGGGCCAAGUGUGUGCGGUGCGAGAAAGCUGACAAGCCGUGCACCUGGAGCAUCUCCCUUCGGAACCGUCGUGCUUCGACGCGCAAAGAACAACUCCCGAUGCACGCCCAGCAGCAGCAGCAGCAACAACACCAACACCAACCACAAUAUGCUACAAUAGCAAGAAAUGACAAGGAAGAACAAGCACAGGAGGACGACGAUGUUGAGGAAGAAGAUGAAGACAUACUCUACAGCGACCAGCCCACGCCUUCUGAGGUCAUACCGGAGCUUCAUUCCCCUCUAGGAGACCCUCACAACAGAUUGGCCUCCGAAUCACUCGAUCCAACCACUAUGCCGAUAGAUCUCACGUCCUUUCUGAUAUCCGAUGGGAGCUUGGGGUUGAUGACGCCGUCGUUAACCAACCCUGGCUCCUGGCUGGGUGAGACACAGUUGGGCACCACCGCCACCACCACAACCGGUACCGCAACCCUAAUUGGAGAGCCACCGGGGUUCUGGUCAUCAGCAACUGGGGGACUACCGCAAACUCCCUCAGCCGGUCAACCGACCACCAUCGAUUUGCCCUCAGCCGAGUUUGAGAUGAAUCUACCGGGUGUUCCACCGUCCUACACUUCGCGCCACCAACCAGAGCCACCGCCACCACCGACAAUCGGCACACCCGCCCUCCCCGACCCGCAAUGGCUGAAAGAGCUCUUCGACAACAAUGCCCGACUGUACCGGAACUGGCACGCCGUCUCCUCCAACGUGACCGCCAAUCAGACCACCAACCCCCUGUUCCCAACGAGCACUACAAGCCACAGCCAUCCAAGCUCAGCAGCCUUCGCUGACGAAGCCGUCCAACUCUCCACCCAGCUAAUUCACAUUCUCCGUGGGCUCCUCCACCAGCACCACGAGUCAAACGGUCACCGACCACCGACCACACCAAAACCCAGGGCCCAUGCAGAGGACCUGGAUCCCGACCACUCAGGCCUAGACCCAGGCUCCUUACUCAUCGUCCUGUCCUCGUACUUCCGCAUCUUAGAGAUUUUCACCAUGCUAUCGCACGCCCUGGAGGCUGCUGCGGCCGCCACAGGCUCUACCACACAUUAUCGCACGCCAAGAUCCACUCCACCGGUCGUGCGACUCCCGGCCAUCGUAGUAGGGUCGCUCGAUCUCGCGUCCAACACCUCGCUGUCCACGGUGUUGUUCCUGGAGGUGAUCGAGGAUCUGUUGACCACUUUGGCCACGCUGGUUCUCUCUAUCGCGCAGUGGCCGUCGCAUCCUCAUCAUGCAACGUCACGUCGUGAGCCUGGUUGGCAGGGGAGUGACCUGCACGCGGGUUCCGAUCGCUUAGGGCUUCAGAUUCAGGGCAAGGAGGAUGAGAUCCGGCGGGUCAUUCGUGCGAUUCGCGCGAGGUUGGGGAGGAAGGGGGAUAAAGUUAGGGUUUGA